AUGGAAGCAGCCGAUGUCCCACUCUGCACCUUCCUCAGGGGGGUGCACCAGUACUACAGCUGCCUUCCGGAAGAGAAAGUCCCUUAUGUCAACAGUCCUGGAGAGAAAUUGAGGAUCAAGCAGCUGCUGCACCAGCUCCCUCCCCAUGACAAUGAGGUUCGAUACUGCAACUCCCUGGAUGAGGAAGAGAAGAGGGAGCUGAAGCUAUUCAGCAACCAGAGGAAACGUGAGAACUUGGGCCGAGGAAAUGUCAGGCCCUUCCCUGUUACCAUGACAGGAGCGAUUUGUGAACAGUGCGGAGGACAGAUUAAGGGUGGGGACAUCGCUGUGUUCGCAUCACGUGCUGGCCAUGGCAUCUGCUGGCAUCCACCCUGCUUUAUAUGCACUGUCUGCAAUGAGCUUUUGGUUGACUUGAUCUACUUUUACCAAGAUGGGAAGAUCUACUGUGGUAGGCACCAUGCUGAGUGCCUGAAGCCGCGCUGUGCAGCCUGUGACGAGAUCAUCUUUGCAGACGAGUGCACGGAAGCUGAGGGGCGCCACUGGCACAUGCGACAUUUCUGCUGCUUCGAGUGUGAGACCGUGCUGGGCGGCCAGCGCUACAUCAUGAAGGAGGGCAGGCCCUACUGCUGCCACUGCUUCGAGUCCCUGUACGCGGAGUAUUGCGACACCUGUGCCCAACAUAUAGGGAUCGACCAAGGUCAGAUGACCUAUGACGGCCAACACUGGCAUGCUACAGAGACCUGUUUCUGCUGCGCUCAUUGUAAGAAGUCCCUCUUGGGGCGACCGUUCCUCCCAAAGCAGGGCCAGAUAUUCUGCUCACGGGCCUGCAGUGCCGGGGAGGACCCCAAUGGCUCUGACUCCUCUGAUUCGGCCUUCCAGAAUGCCAGAGCCAAAGAGUCUCGCCGCAGUGCCAAAAUCGGCAAGAACAAAGGCAAAACAGAGGAGGCCAUGCUGAGCCCACACAACCAGCUGCAGGUGAGUUCUAACCGGCUCUCAGCUGAUGUGGACCCCCUGUCAGUGCAGAUGGAUCUCCUCAGCCUAUCUAGCCAGACGCCCAGCCUCAACCGGGACCCCAUUUGGAGAAGCCGGGAUGAGCCCUUCCAUUAUGGGAACAAGAUGGAGCAGAACCAAUCCCAGAGUCCUUUGCAGCUCCUCAGCCAGUGCAACAUCAGAACUUCCUACGGUCCAGGGGGGCAGGGAGCAGGAGCCCAGCCUGACGUGUGGGCCAAGCACUUCAGCAACCCCAAGAGAAGCUCGUCAAUGGCCAUGAAGGGGCAUGGUGGCAGCUUUAUCCAGGAAUGCCGUGAGGACUAUUACCCGGGGAGGCUGAUGUCCCAGGAGAGCUACAGUGAUAUGUCCAGCCAAAGCUUUAGUGAAACCCGAGGCAGCAUCCCAGUUCCCAAGUAUGAGGAGGAGGAGGAGGAGGAGGAAGAAGAAGGUGGCAUAUCCACGCAGCAGUGCCGGCCCCGACGUCCACUCAGUUCCCUGAAAUACACAGAGGACAUGACGCCCACAGAACAGACUCCUCGUGGCUCUAUGGAAUCACUGGCCCUGUCGAAUGCAACAGGUCUGUCUGCCGAAGGUGGUGCCAAGCGCCAGGAGCACCUAUCUCGGUUUUCCAUGCCUGACCUCAGCAAAGACUCUGGAAUGAAUGUCUCAGAAAAGCUGAGCAACAUGGGCACUCUCAACUCCUCCAUGCAAUUCAGGAGCGCCGAGUCUGUCCGCAGCCUGCUGUCCGCACAACAGUACCAGGAGAUGGAGGGGAACCUUCACCAGCUCAGCAACCCCCUAGGGUACAGGGACCUGCAGUCCCAUGGAAGGAUGCACCAGAGCUUUGAUUUUGAUGGCGGCAUAGCGAGCAGCAAGCUGCCGGGGCAGGAAGGUGUGCGCAUCCAGCCCAUGAGUGAGCGCACCCGGAGGAGAACUACUUCCAGGGAUGACAACCGCCGCUUCCGCCCUCACAGGUCCCGAAGGUCCCGACGCUCACGCUCAGACAACGCCCUGCACCUAGCCAGCGAGAGGGAGGUCAUCGCUCGGUUGAAGGAAAGGCCCCCUCUGAGAGCCAGGGAGGACUAUGACCAGUUCAUGCGUCAACGGAGCUUCCAGGAGAGCCUGGGGCAGGGGUCCCGGCGGGAUCUGUACAGCCAGUGUCCCAGGACUGUGUCAGACCUGGCUUUGCAGAAUGCCUUUGGGGAUCGAUGGGGACCCUACUUCACGGAGUAUGAUUGGUGCUCCACCUGCUCCUCCUCUUCAGAAUCUGACAAUGAGGGCUACUUCCUAGGAGAACCCAUUCCCCAGCCAGCCCGCCUGAGAUAUGUCACAAGUGAUGAGCUGUUGCACAAGUACAGCUCUUACGGUGUCCCCAAAUCCUCCACCUUAAGUGGCAGAGGACAGUUGCACAGCAGGAAAAGACAGAAGAGCAAAAACUGUAUCAUUUCAUAAUGUGAUUGGGAUCGGGGAAUGGGGGAAGUUGGAAGCGAAGAAUGUAGCCGCAGAAGCGUGCACUGUUGGGAAUUCUCAAGUGCUCUUGGGGACGGUUCAUAGGGGAAAGAUGGAGAAUGCUCUCAGUUGAGGGAGGCAAGACUGCAGGUUGACUUGGUAGAUGCACUUGAUGUCACAGUUUUGGGCAUGUUAAAUAUGAUUUGCACCUUCCACUUUGGCAAACACCGGCAGUGGAGGCCAGGGUAGGCCAUGUCCUUCCAAGGUGGAGUGGCCAUUUACCAGAUGACACAUUGUAACCUGCUCACUUAGAUUCUUUCUGGUUCUCUUCCUUUUAGGACCCCUUUUCCAGUAAAUACUUUAUUAGCCAGGACCCCCAACUAAGUUAUUUACAUGUCCAUUGUAAAUGCAAUGUAAAUGAGAGUUCUGAUAAAAUAUUUUUGUAUUUUGUAAUAACAAAAGAAUUUCUAUAUCGUAGGAUCAGUGGGGACUUGCAUGCAUGUCCACCAUUAUCUUUGAGUGAUAGUACCUGGUGGCCCAGGAACACCUGGCUUUUGUUGUUGGUUUUGGUUUGGUUUGGUUUUCUUUCUAUACAAAUCUGUUACAUGUCAGUGAGACUAUUUUCAGAGAAAUAGCAUUCAAUUUGGCUUUUUGUGGCUGAAAAAAAAAAUUAACUAUUCUACCCAAAGCAUUUUAUGCUCUAGUCCAUUGAAAGGAGCCGUCUUUAAGUCUGUUCCCACUCUUAGUAGAAUUUAUUCUCUACAAAGUAAGUAGGUUGUUUUUUUAAUUGCAAAUGUUGCUUUUGCUGAUUAGAGAUAUCAACCAGUGUCAGUCCAGUUCUGUGAGAAAUGCCAUCCCUGUUUGGAACCUUGAAGUUGCUUAAUGUCGAUCUGUCCCUUGGGGGGAAUCAAAGUGACUGUGAGUGGUGCCAAUGUGUGCUGUCAGCAUGGCGUUGUUUUGAAUGUGGAAUUAUUGUUUGGUGCUCAUGUGUCCUGGAUUGUAUUUUCUGCUUUCUACUUCCCAGGCAGACAGAGCUGCUGCCUUAGCCUGACAACUGUUAGUCCUCAUAGCACGUGAGCUUCGGCGUUUGGCACUGAAGGACGGAAGGAUGCUGCAGAAGGGCUCUGGGUACGGCAGUGUGGUGCACAUUACACUUGGGUAGGGAACAAGGAGAUUUGAAAACACAAAGCAGGUAGAUGUUGAAAGGGGGGAAUAUGAAGGAAAGUCAAGGGGAAAGAACUUUAGAGAGAAAGAAGAGAGGUGACAGUCACCUUAACUAGUCCCCACUGCCUUAGAGAGAAUUUGACAAGCUUGGUCACCACAGGAGCUGGCUUAUUACCCAGGAGGGUCAAGCUGCUGAGUGGUAGGGUAAGAACAUGGGAAAACAGACCUUGUGGCAAGAGAGAUUUCCAUUUUGAACUUUGAGGACUGUUGUUCAGACAGAAAGGCUCAAGAGUGAGUUUGCUUAAAGAAGACAUUUCACUGCCAGUAGAGUAAAUAUAGAGUGAAAUAAAACUUCUUGCCUCGCUUCAGUUUAAAAACAAAAACAAAAACGAAGCACUUGCUCUUGGUCCAUUCUCUUCCUCUCUUCAGUGGAUUGUGGCAAAAAUCCACUGGAGGACCCACCUUUUGUGAGAUGUGCUGUCCCCGUAAUGCACAGUGUGUCUCCGUGGCCAUUUGCCAUGAUAAGGCGAGCAUGGUCUCUCUUCAGUAUAGUACUUAACAUUUUCUAGGGUUUUUUGGUUUUUUUUUUUUUUUUAAUGGAGAGAAUGUGAAAAGGGGCUUCUCAGACGCCAUCCUAAAUGGGUCUGGGGAAACAAAGACUGAAAGGGAUGUGAUGAUGAUACUCCAGGAUGUAUUAAAAUGAUUUGCUUUUUUAGGUAUUAAUAUGACAUUUGUCAUUGUCACUGAUUUUUUUAAAAGAGCAAUGCAAAUGUUGGUUGUGGCUGUUUUCCGCAUGCUAUCUUCAUAUCUAAAUGUUUCAUUAAUUAUCCAAGCCUCUGGAGAAUUAACUCUAUUACGUUUGUAUAGUAAGUUAAUAAACUGCUUGGCAAACUGUUUAGGAGACAAAUAGGCAGCAGCGAGCCACUGAAGUGGCUGGUUUCCUGUAGACAUUGGGUGAGUCCAGCCACUGAAGUGGCUGGUUUCCGGUAGACAUUGAGUGAGUCCAGCCACUGAAGUGGCUGGUUUCUGGUAGACACUGGGUGAGUCCAGUUUGGAGCUUUGAGUUUGUUGAUUGGUGAGAACCAAAAGGUAUUAUUGGGCAAGGAGAAGAGAGGGAAGUAGGUCAUCUAGCCAAUGGCUGGAACCAUGUGUCCUCUCUGGCCCCAAAUCCAAUGAAAGAAAUUCUCCCGUUGAAAGUUAUUUCCUUACUCUGUCCUUGGCAGAGUACCUCUUACAUUUCCCAGAGACAAUUUGAGUCACCCUCAGCCUGAAGAAGAGAACAACCUAGAAACUGCUUCAGGAACGUCAAGAUCAUUCUGGUCAAAACUGAGCAUAUAAUGAGAUACAAGCUUCAGGGUCCAACUGUUCACCAGCAAGACCACCUCCUUCGAUUUCUUUCCAUUCUAAAUGCAGCCAGGCGCCUUACAGAGAAGGUCAUUUGAAGAAGGCCAAUUCCUCACAAUGGUAGUGGGCCCUUCAAGUGACUGCCCAGUAAUGGGCAGAAUGUCACUGAACUAGAAUUUCUUUAGCUUUAGGUAAUAACUUUGCUUAGAGCUAUAGCUCUACAGUUGAGUUCAUCUCAUCCUGCUGCUACCAGAUCCAACACCAGCUAAGCCAGCGCUCUUCUCCAGUCCAAGGAGUGUGUAAGUGAUGCUAAGUUUCCUGAGUGGUCUUGCUAGGGCAUCCCACCUUUGGUACUGUGAAAGGUUCCAUGCUGACGCGGUAGCAUUGAGUGUGGCCUUCGGGGGCCCUCCCUUCCUUCUGUCUUACACAGUUCUGGACACUCUGUGUGUGACGGUGAAUGAGGUGAGGAAAAUCAGACCUCACUUCCUGGCUUUUAACAUGUACAAAGGAGAAUUGCUGGUGUUGGUUGUCUGAACCCCUCUUUCCACAUUCUGUACUCCAUCCUUCACUCUCCCAGCAGCUGUGUGAGCAGUCUGGAUUUUUCUAAUAUGGAAAGUCAGUUUUUUUCCUAUAGAAUGCUCCUACAGAGCUGUAACAAGAUGGCGUUUCCUACUCCUCUUCUGAAAGUUUCUGCUCCUUAUGGCCUAUUAGCCAUUUUUACCUUCAGGUGGAGCCAGUGGUGGCGUGAAUGUAGUGCUUGCUCUGCUCUCCUUGCCACCUCAGCAGAUGAUAGGCAAUGGAUUAGUACAGACUUUCCAAGGAAAGUAGAUUCUCAUCCCAGGCAUCUUUACAACUAGUCGGACAGGCCUAGCUGACUGGAGCUGGUCUUCUCUGUCUUCUAACACAUCUUAUUCAUGAGCUGAUUUUUCCCUGGGUCCCUGGGAAAGAAGCAGUACACCAGACAUCUAGGAAGCAUCCAUCAUUAACAAUGGGGAGACUCCAUUUCCUCUUCCUCCCACACUGUGGAAGCAAAAGGAAGCUGACCUCUUAGGCCAAACAAGGCCCUCUCUGGCCCACUUUUUCAUGCUCAGGGUCUUUGCCAGUUUUGUGGGCAGCUGCUGCUCACUUUGCUGAGGUCAGAUAUGAAUCCUUCUGUUUCCUCAUCUGACCCCUCCUUAUAGGGACCUAGGACACUUACAUUCCAAAGGGCAGUGUCCUUUGCACACUCCUAAAGAGACCAGACGCUGUGCUCCACCAAGAUCCAACUACGACCAAGGAAAGAGGAAAAUUGAACCAGUGGCCCAAAUGUCACAUGCAAGCAGAGUCGUUACCGGCCCCCGUGUGGUAUCUCCAGGCUCUGUACAUCAAGUUCCACAGGUUUCCACUACUGAUCUCGAAGGCAGUUGCAGAUUAGCACCUUUUGAAAAGUUCAUCUCUUUGAGCAUAAGGCAAGUGGGAAUGAACCCUUUGCCUUCUCCUCAGUGGUUUGUCCUAGGGUUUGUCUGUAUGACUGUCUAGAAGCCAUGAAGGUCAGGCUGGAGGAAGGAUUGGUUUCUUUUUCUAUUUUCUCCUGUUAGGAGUCCAGUCAUCACAAGCCCCCUAUGGAGCAUGACUCACCGUUGGAAGCUAUUGCUGUUAUAUAAAUUCAUUUCCUGCUUCCAGAACCAGCCUCCCUCGGGGGAAUAAAAAGGAGACUGGAAAGGUCACAUGCUGUUAGCAGACAUUUCUAUGGUUCAAAUGUGAUGAACUCACAAGACAGAUGUCUAGUUCUAUCUUGCACAUUUUCUAAGGAAACCUUUAUGGUCUGGGCAUUUGGCCAUGGCAUGUUCAAUAGGUCACUGAUCAAACAUUUCUAAAUUUUGGGAGGUUGCUUGCCAAUAAGACCUCCUCUUGAGUCUAUCUACCUGAUUUCCAUAGUUUUCAAUAAAGUAUUCUGGUUUAAUUCUGACCCUGAGUUAACAACCUAAGACCUAUGACUCCUCUGUAUUCUUCAGCAAACUAGGCCAACAUCUAUUCUCUUAAACUCAUUCCUUCCUGCACAGAGUUGCUUUGCCCAGAUCCUAUUUAAUUCCACAUGCGUAAACAAAACCUCAGAGGGCCCGAGAAGGUAAAGCAGGCUGGAGUCUGUGUUAUCUGUAAGUGUCAAGCUGUUUGUUAGGAAGGCCUGUCACAGGCCUUUGCAAAAGCGUGGGCUCUGCCAGAGACUGUUCUGAACACUUUGCUUGAGAUCCGUGCCCUGUAAAGUGGAUAUGAUGUUUUACUGAUUCUGUAAUACAUUUGUAAACUUCCAAUAAAAUUUGAAUAAAAGAAA